ACUCACACACAAUGUGCCAUCCUGACAAGGCUUUUACUUCUGAUAAGCUCCAAUGUGUGUUUAAUGAAUACAAAGCCGCGGUCUGGGUGCCGCCUCGGCCGCGGCCGCUCUCCCGCGCUCCUUUGCCAGAAGCUGGCGGAGAGAAUUUACAUUUAAAGAUUAGCAGAGUGAGAAAGAGAAAUCUGCCUUUUGUUGUGUGGGGUGAGGAGGAGGCAUCUACCCCUGGCCUUGACGCUAUCUCCCAUCACCUCUGCUAUCCAGACAGGACUCACCGAGAAAAGAUUGAUCUCUGGGCUGGUGAACAUAAUCUCUGUCCCAGUCAGAAAAGGAGAGAGGAAAUUAGCAGAGCGAUUGGUGGAGAAUGAUAUCUGUCAAAAGAAACACUUGGAGAGCACUGAGUUUAGUAAUAGGUGACUGCCGGAAAAAAGGGAACUUUGAAUAUUGUCAAGAUCGUACUGAGAAGCACUCCACAAUGCCAGACUCACCUGUGGAUGUGAAGACGCAAUCUAGGCUGACUCCUCCAACGAUGCCACCUCCCCCAACUACUCAAGGAGCUCCAAGAACCAGUUCAUUUACACCGACAACGUUAACUAAUGGCACGAGCCAUUCUCCUACAGCCUUGAAUGGCGCCCCCUCACCACCCAAUGGCUUCAGCAAUGGGCCUUCCUCUUCUUCCUCCUCCUCUCUGGCUAAUCAACAGCUGCCCCCAGCCUGUGGUGCCAGGCAACUCAGCAAGCUGAAAAGGUUCCUUACUACCCUGCAGCAGUUUGGCAAUGACAUUUCACCCGAGAUAGGAGAAAGAGUUCGCACCCUCGUUCUGGGACUAGUGAACUCCACUUUGACAAUUGAAGAAUUUCAUUCCAAACUGCAAGAAGCUACUAACUUCCCACUGCGACCUUUUGUCAUCCCAUUUUUGAAGGCCAACUUGCCCCUGCUGCAGCGUGAGCUCCUCCACUGCGCAAGACUGGCCAAACAGAACCCUGCCCAGUACCUCGCCCAGCAUGAACAGCUGCUUCUGGAUGCCAGCACCACCUCACCUGUUGACUCCUCAGAGCUGCUUCUCGAUGUGAACGAAAACGGGAAGAGGCGAACUCCAGACAGAACCAAAGAAAAUGGCUUUGACAGAGAGCCUUUGCACUCAGAACAUCCAAGCAAGCGACCAUGCACUAUUAGCCCAGGCCAGCGGUACAGUCCAAAUAACGGCUUAUCCUACCAGCCCAAUGGCCUGCCUCACCCUACCCCACCUCCACCUCAGCAUUACCGUUUGGAUGAUAUGGCCAUUGCCCACCACUACAGGGACUCCUAUCGACACCCCAGCCACAGGGACCUCAGGGACAGAAACAGACCUAUGGGGUUGCAUGGCACACGUCAAGAAGAAAUGAUUGAUCACAGACUAACAGACAGAGAAUGGGCAGAAGAGUGGAAACAUCUUGACCAUCUGUUAAACUGCAUAAUGGACAUGGUAGAAAAAACAAGGCGAUCUCUCACCGUACUAAGGCGAUGUCAAGAAGCAGACCGGGAAGAAUUGAAUUACUGGAUCCGGCGGUACAGUGACGCCGAGGACUUAAAAAAAGGUGGCGGCAGUAGCAGCAGCCACUCUAGGCAGCAGAGUCCCGUCAACCCAGACCCAGUUGCACUAGACGCGCAUCGGGAAUUCCUUCACAGGCCUGCGUCUGGAUAUGUGCCAGAGGAGAUCUGGAAGAAAGCUGAGGAGGCCGUCAAUGAGGUGAAGCGCCAGGCGAUGACGGAGCUGCAGAAGGCCGUGUCUGAGGCGGAGCGGAAAGCCCACGACAUGAUCACAACAGAGAGGGCCAAGAUGGAGCGCACGGUCGCCGAGGCCAAACGGCAGGCGGCGGAGGACGCGCUGGCAGUUAUCAAUCAGCAGGAGGAUUCAAGCGAGAGUUGCUGGAAUUGUGGCCGUAAAGCGAGUGAAACCUGCAGUGGCUGUAACACAGCCCGAUACUGUGGCUCAUUUUGCCAGCACAAAGACUGGGAGAAGCACCAUCACAUCUGUGGACAGACCCUGCAGGCCCAGCAGCAGGGAGACACACCUGCAGUCAGCUCCUCUGUCACGCCUAACAGCGGGGCUGGGAGCCCGAUGGACACACCACCAGCAGCCACUCCGAGGUCAACCACCCCGGGAACCCCUUCCACCAUAGAGACAACCCCUCGCUAGACGUGAACUCAGAACUGUCGGAGGAAAGACAACACAACCAACGCGAAACCAAUUCCUCAUUCUCAGAUGCUCAAAGUUGUUUUUUUUGUUUGUUUGUUUAUUAGAUGAAUUAUCCUAUUUCAGUACUUCAGCAAGAGAGAACCUAACUGUAUCUUGAGGUGGUAGUAAAACACAGAGGGCCAGUAACGGGUCGUAAUGACUUAUUGUGGAUAACAAAGAUAUCUUUUCUUUAGAGAACUGAAAAGAGAGCAGAGAAUAUAACAUGAAAUGAUAGAUUUGACCUCCUCCCUGUUAUUUUCAAGUAGCUGGGAUUUUAAACUAGAUGACCUCAUUAACCGAUGCUUUACCAAACAGCAAACCAAGAGAUUGCUAAUUGCUGUUGAAAGCAAAAAUGCUAAUAUUAAAAGUCACAAUGUUCUUUAUAUACAAUAAUGGAAAAAAAAAAAAAGAGGAAAACCCUCAAGGGCAUGAGCAUUGGAUACAGCAG